AUGUCUGCUGCUGCGACGCUCCCCCCUGAAAACGGAAACAAAGUAAACUGGGCUGAUGAUGAAAGCGAAGGAAAUGCUGGCUCCCGUAUUGAGAAGCAUGACGAAGGAGAUGGUGUCCAGACCGUUGUAGAAUACCGCCGUAACGCGGAUGGCAAACAAGUCAAGGUCACACGUCGCAUUAAGCGCACCUUGAUCAGUACCAAAGUCAAUCACUUCGUUGCUGAGCGUAAAAAUUGGCACAAGUUUGGUUUGGAAAAGAACGCGGCUCCAGGACCCAACUCGGGUACAACUUCGAUUGGUGCAAAUGUGCAGGUGAAGCUAACGGCGGGUGCGACGAAAGAACCUGAGCCUGAUCCAACUGAAGCAAUGCGUGAGAAGCUUGCGAACAAACGUGUGCAAUGUCGUCUAUGUAAGGGUGACCACUACACAGCACGCUGCCCAUAUCGUGACACGCUUGAGGCCAUCCCAGGCGCUGGUGGUGACGUUCCAGACAGCGAUACGGUGGCUGCUGCCGCUGCCGCUGGUGUUUCAUUGACAAAUGAGGCAGCGACGGGCAAGGUGGGCUCUGUGGCUGCGGCACUCGGAGGAGCUGGCGGUGGAAGCAGGUACAAGCCGCCAAGUUUGCGCUCAGGAGCCGUGCCAUCGUCUGGUAUGGGUGGUCCAACGCAACGAGACGAGACUGCGACGCUGCGUGUAACCAACUUGAGUGAAGAUGCCGAGGAAGAAGAUCUGCGCGACCUGUUCCGCUACUAUGGUCGCGUGACGCGUAUCUUUGUGGGUCGUGACCGUGAAACAGGUCUAUGCAAGGGCUUUGCCUACGUCAACUUUGAGGACCGCGCCUCAGCGGACCUCGCUCGACAAAAGCUCGACGGAUACCCAUACAACAAUCUCAUCCUCAGCUGCCAGUGGUCACAACCCCGUGGCGAGAGGCCGCAUUAA